UGACAGUGGUGGGCGGGGUCUCGAGCCUCAGAGAUCAUGCUCACACUUUGAUUCACAUCUUCAUCUCCCUCCAUCGAUCUGCCAUCAAAGCGCGCGCUCCGGACACAGCCCGGUUCACUGGGGGCGAUGCUGACAUGGGACCAUAAAUCACCCCCCGGACUGUGAAGCGGGAGGCGGUCCGCCGAUCUGCCGGAGCGGGAGUGCGCGAGCUCGACUGGCUGGCUGUCAGGACCGCCAGGUCCUCCUCCUCCUGGAGCUGCUGAAGUCAUUCAUCAUUGCUACUGCUGUCUUAUUCUUCUGUUAAUAAACAUCGUCUGAGUGAAGAUUCCCCCGCGCGCGCGCGUGAAGAUGUCUGAUUCAGAGGAGCUCACGGAGUUCGGGAGCAUUGUGGAGCGCAUAGAGAAGGGAGAGGUACCUAUAAAGAACAUAGAGCGGGAAUUGAUAUGUCCCAUCUGCAAGGAGCUGUUCACACACCCCCUCAUCCUGCCCUGCCAGCACAGCGUCUGUCACAAAUGCGUCAAAGAGCUGCUGAUGCUGAACCAUGACGACUCGUUCAGCACAGACGCCGGCUCCGAGUGCUCCAACCCGGGCAGCCCUCGCUCCAGAGUGCCCUCUCCCAGCAUGGAGAGGCUGGACAGGCUCGUGCGAUCAGUCUCACUGCGGCAGCAGCAGCAGCUAGCCUCAGCUUGUCGUGCUGCAGAUGCUGCACGCUACUCCCCUCCCCGAGCAGCACAACACACCCACAGCCUAAGGUCCGUAUCCUCCCCUGGCUGGAGGCGUUCCUCCGUGACCCCCCGUGUCACCACCUUCCCAUGUCCAGGCUGCCAGCACGACAUUGACCUUGGGGAGCGGGGCAUUAGUAUGCUCUUCCGCAACUUCACGUUGGAGAGCAUCGUGGAGCGUUACCGGCAGGCGGCUCGGGCUGCCAUGGCGAUCAUGUGCAACAUGUGCAAGCCUCCUGUGCAGGAGGCCACCAAGAGCUGCAUGGACUGCAAAGCCAGCUACUGCAAUGAGUGCUUCAAGCUGCACCAUCCCUGGGGGACACCCAAAGCCCAGCAUGAGUACGUCGGGCCCACCACCAACUUCAGACCAAAGGUGCUGAUGUGUCCUGAGCAUGAGAUGGAGAAAGUCAACAUGUACUGUGAAGUGUGCCGCCGGCCUGUGUGUCAUCUUUGCAAACUCGGCGGUUCCCAUGCUAACCAUAAAGUCACAUCCAUGAGCAGUGCCUACAAGAUCCUUAAGGAGAAGCUGUCAAAGAGUAUCCAUUACCUGAUUAGCAAGGAGGACCAAGUGAGGACUCAGAUUACUGAGCUGGAGGUCUUGAUUCGGGAGACUGAGGAAAAUGGGCAGCUUGCCGAGAGACGAGCCAAUGAACAUUUUGAGGAGCUUUUUGAGAUUCUCCAAGAGAAAAAGACGGAAAUGCUGCGCUCCAUUGCGCAAUCGAGGAACCGCCGCAUGGACAAGCUUCGGAGCCAGGUGGAGGAGUACCAGGGCAUGCUGGAGAACAGCGGUUUAGUGGGUUAUGCACAAGAAGUCUUGAAAGAGACCGACCAGUCCUGCUUCGUUCAGACGGCUAAGCAGCUUCAUGUCAGGGUUCAGAAAGCCACAGAGUCACUAAAGACGUUUCAGGCUGCUGCCAGCCCCUCGUUUGAUGAAUUUGCUCUGGACACAUCAAAGGAAGAGUGUUUGCUGAAAGACCUUUCUUUCGGUGGAGUUCCAGACCCCCCUAUGAUCGACCUGUCUCAGAGUCGUGUGUAUAACGAGGGUCUUAUCCACUGGAGACUGCCGGAAGACUCCCUGCCCACAGACCACCACGUUCUGGAGUACAGAAAGGAGGCUGCAGAAGACGAGGAGAAGAGUCCAUGGCAGACGACUGACCGAGUGUUCGGCUCCAGCGCGGUGGUGUGUGAUCUGGACAGUGACUGCCGAUAUGCGUUCAGAGUGCGGAGCUGCCGUAACACCAUUUACAGCCCUUACAGCCCUGCUGUGUCUUUCCACACGCCUCCAGCUCCAGUGUUUGGCUUCCUGUUUAAUGAGAAGUGUGGAUUCAGCGCGGAGCGUCUGAUAUUGAGCAAGAGGAGGGACUCUGUGGAAAGUGUGGCUGGCAUGGCGUUCCUAUUGGCUGCUGAACGUGUCCAGACAGGAAGUUACAUAUGUCUUGACUACAUCAUUGGAGACACCGGCAUCUCACACGGCCGCCACUACUGGGCUUUCCGCGUGGAGCCGAGCUCUUACUUGGUUAAAGUGGGCGUGGCCUCUGAUUCGAAGCUGAUUGAGUGGUUCCAUAACCCCCGUGACACCAGCAGCCCAAGGUAUGACCAUGACAGCGGACAUGACAGCGGCAGUGAGGACACCUGCUACGAGCUCUCUCAGCCCUUCACUCUGAUCACCAUGGGCAUGGGCAAGCUCUUCAUCCCUAAAGCCUCAGUCAGUGCGGCGGCAGGUGAUCACGGCAAUCGAGUGCUGCCUCUGCCGCAGCGCAUCGGAGUGUGCCUUGACUACGACGCCGGCCACGUGUUCUUCUACGACGCGGACACCAUGCGCUGCCUGUACGAGAGGCAGGUGGACUGCUCCGGCACCAUGUACCCUGCGUUCGGCCUCAUGGGUGGAGGAGCCGUCCACCUGGAGGAGUUCAUCACGGCCAAGCGACUGUCCUACAUGUGAAAUCUCGCUGCCGGCAUCUACUCAAAUCUGCCCGCCGUCCGCCGUAGUUCUGAUCUGUUUUAUCUGCUUUCACUGGCGUAUUUGUCCCUGGCUUCUGAUAGGUCAUGAAAUGUGAUGUGUUUUUUUUUUUUUUUUUUUUUUUUUCUGCGUGAACAAUUAUCCCGUAUCGUAACAGCCGACAGUAACCUGACGAACCUUGCUUCAGUACCUUUGUGCCUUUUAUGAGAUCAACUAAGCAAACAAGGUGCUUUACGUAAUUGAAACUUUACCAUUGAUAUGACACAUCAGGUUUUAUCAGCGCUCUGUAUGGCGACGCAGAAUACCACGAUACACCUUAAAUAUAUAAAUAUAUAUAUUAUGCUCUUUUUACUAGUGAACGGUCUUAACGAUUGUCUGAAUAAGAAUGAUGCGCUAUGAAUUGUACUUCUUGCACAUGAAUGACUUGAUUUGGCACUACCUAAUAUCUGUGCACUACUGAUUUUAGCGUUUUUAGGUUUUGUUCUGAUUUUGUUCUGCUUGCCGUAACACUUGUAAUAACACUACACUACACUACACUGGGUUGACUUCUGUUCUUAUUAUGACUGUUGAGAAUGCGAAUAGCUGAAAUAGGUAACAAAUAAAAGAAAUAAAUACUUUUGCAAUGAAAUCAAAUCCAUCAAAUGCGAUUUCAAACAGUUUGUCAAAAAAAAAAGUCGUUUUAGCUGAUUAUUAUUAUUAUUUUUUUUACACAUAGAUACCUAUAGACCUCAUUAUAUUAAAAAACAAUGUAAUUAAACUUCAGCAUUGAAUAGCAUUUGCAUUAAGAAUGUAUCUUGUAGUUUUUUUAAUGCAGAGUAGCAUGUGAAUCACACCUGUGCUGCUAGAUCUUUAACCUAGGGUAGACUAUGGAUAAAAACAUGAUGAUAAGGGGUUAAUAUGCACUAUUGUCACCAACCAACACCAACACACAGUUAACAAAAAAAAACACUGAUAUGGCCUUAGUGUUGCAGGGGCAGGUUACUGAUUCUAAUAAAGGGACGUGGUGGUCUUUUUCUUGCCUGGAGCAGAUAGAGUGGGAUUGUCGUGUGAUUCCUCAGGUACUCGCCCUAUGGGCUUUUUUUGCUACCUACCUCUUCUGGAACCUUUAAUAUUUCAUAUCGUAUCGUUUCGUUUCAAACACUGCUCUUAUGCGUUGAUUCUUAUGAGGAGGUGGUAGACUCUGUGCCUGUGUGUGCUUUUUUUUUUUUUUUUUUAGUAGAUAAAUAUAAACGUGAUCACUGGAGCUCAGAGGGUUUCUUCUUCUUUUUUCUUUUUUUUCCUUUGUGUUUACGCUGGAAACCUAAGAGUUAUCAAAAUCAAAAUCUGUGAGUCCUUCAAUUUGUUUUAAUUGUCACUGUAAUUUUAACACUUUUAACCUUUUUGGUUCAACACACUUCACUUUUUUUUUUUUUUUUAAUUCACUGCACAAAAAAAUACACAUUAAGAUUUAAUGAUUUUGUUUCCACUGUUUUUCAUGUUAUUGUAGCACAAGACAAAAAAAAUGCAUUGUCCACACUGAUUACACUUGGAUCUAAUAAUAAUGAUGAUUCUAAAUAUGAUUUUGUCAUCCUCUACAUUUAAUAAGGUUUUUAUUUAAGUGUUGUAAGUCCUGAAAGUUUGUCUGUCUGGAGAACUUCAUUUACAUGUAAUAAUGAUAAUAAUAAUCCAAAUCAUAUUUGAAAAUGUGAUUUCAGUGAUAAUGGUGGUACAGAGAUGUUAAAAUCAUGGUAUGCUUUUUUUUUUUGUAAACACUAAUUCUACACUAACACUAACACUUCUUUUUCACGUUUUUUUCUUCACCAAGCUGACAGACUGUACACGUUUCUGCUGGAUUCAUAAACAGAAUCUGUGCACAUUUUUCUAGUUUACAGUUUUCUGGGUGGUGUUUUUUUCUAUGCUAUCUAUGCUAGUGUCACAGUGUGUAAAUCGCUAGGGAUCCACGGAACCAAAUGUUUUGUUUAGUUUAUUGUACAUGUUAAAACUACUGGGUGUUUGUUUGGGAGGGAAAUCUCUUUUCCCUGGUUGUUUUCGAUGUAGUCUUAAUGGUUGAAUAUUGAGGUAGAGUACAGUGAGUUGUACUGGCUUAUUAAACUGGACAUUAAUGUCUUUUAGUGGUCAUUUUAACUGAUUUUCAUGAUUUUCCAAGCUAGCACUUUAUUAGCAUGUUAGCCACUUGGCUUGGUGCAGGUGCGCGUGAAUUGGUGUGCAAUAUAAUUUUGCCCAUGGGACGUUCUGUACUCUGUAAUGGAUCGGGGGGGGGGGGGGGGUGUGGCGUGAGCUCUUUGUGAUUGUAAUGCUUUAAUGGAAAUGAAAAGCUGUCCGUCACCUGUAUCUAUACUGUUUUAUUUUUUAAUUUACCAUGUGGGGUUUUGAUAUAAAAUAAAGGUGUUUUAAAUUGCCUCA